CUCUUACUCUGCUCUUCCUCUUUAGCCGUUUACACAGCCACAUAAUCCUCAAAACUCCCAUUUUUCUCUUCCCCUUCUCUAAUCUUCUUCGCUUAUUUAUCUAAUUCAAUCUAUCAAACCAAUACAAAAAUCAAAAACAGAGCUUUGAAACUCUUUAAGUUUGUUUCUUUGCUCUCAAACAGAGGAAAACAGAGACAAAACAUUUAGCUCUGUUUCUUUGUUUUGUCAACGAUGAGGAGGUUGAGAGGAAUCAAGAUUAGAAGACCGAUUCAAGGAAUCUCAAGAUGGAUCCUCCGGAGAAUCCGGAUACGUCGUUCGAGAUACAUCCGGUUAAGUCCAAACCGACCGGUUUGUAAGCCGAGAGCCAUCACAAAGCUCAUAAGCUGGGGUCGAAGUCUCACAUCCCACAGCGCUAGGCUUCUUGGCUCUAAAUGCUCAAGUUUGGGGUACAUACCAAUUGGUCACGAACCCAUCCGAGAAAAACCCGACCCGGUUCCGAAAGGUCACUCGGCGGUUUACGUCGGAAAAAAAGACGGAGACUUUCAGAGGGUUUUGGUGCCUAUCGUUUACUUCAACCAUCCUCUGUUCGGUGAGCUUCUCAGAGAGGCUGAAGAAGAAUUUGGGUUUUGCCAAGAAGGUGGAAUCACUAUCCCUUGCCCUUAUUCGGAUUUCAAACGGGUUCAGACCCGAAUUGAAUCCGGUUCGGGUUUCUGUAGACUUCCCUGGAGCCGUCGCCGGCAAUAACGACGGUGGAAGAAGAUGAUGAUGAUGAUGAUAAAGUUAUAUAACUCUUUUUACUAGUUUCUACCUUUGUGACCUUUUUUUUUUAACUUUUGUCACGUUCUUUUUGUUACCCUUUUGUUAGAUAUGCAUUAUGUAUAUGUGAAAGUGAGAUUUUUCCUAAGUUUGAAAUUUAGGCGAUAAUGUAAAUUAAUCUAGAGAAAUUUUUUUCCUUUUGAAUGA